GAGCGAUGAAGAAGACAAAGUUGUAAUCGUAAUCGCAUUGUUCUGUGAGAUGAUGAGCGAUGAGUUCGUUGAACCGAACCGGUUCACGUUUCCUUCUGUGCUUAAGGCUUGUGCGAAAACAGGGAAGAUUCAACAAGAUUGUGGAGGAUGCUUUGCUCUGUGGGUGAUGGUUCUGAUGGAUCGUUGUCUUCUCUGAGCUGCAUCUUCAGACCAUCGAGAUUAAUGUGUGAGGGUUGGAAGAGAAGAAAGAAACAUUGUGAAAGUGAAUGGUUUUCGUAUGAAGCUAGAACCAUACAAGGAGAUGUUCAGAACCAUUAGCUGUUUUAAUCAUUCUUCACUCUUUAUGUUACAGAAAAUUCUUUCCUUUUGACUCUUUCUGUUACUCGGUUGAAAGAUCUUUCGUUUUGGUUUUGAUUUUGAUUAUUUUUUGGUGUCACGUAGAUUUCGAAAUUGAGCAUGAUUUCGGUGGUAUGCGUGUUGGAAUGGAUUAUACAUAGCAAGCAUUACUGUAAAGAAGUGAAAGCUUCUGUUAUGGUUGUGGUUAUUGGUGUUGGGAUCUGUAUUGUGACUGAUGUCAAAGUUAAUGCCAAAGGUUUCAUUUGUGCGUGCACUGCUGUUUUCUCCACAUCUCUCCAGCAGAUUUGAGGAUGGGUUUGUUUGGGACGAAGAAGAUCGGAAAGUAUGAGAUAGGAAGAACAAUCGGGGAAGGGAAUUUUGCGAAAGUGAAACUUGGUUACGACACGACCAAUGGUACUUACGUAGCUGUCAAAAUCAUAGACAAGGCUCUGGUUAUUCAAAAGGGUCUAGAGUCUCAAGUCAAGCGAGAGAUACGAACCAUGAAGCUUCUUAACCAUCCCAACAUCGUACAAAUACACGAGGUGAUUGGGACCAAGACAAAGAUCUGUAUUGUAAUGGAACACGUUGCAGGUGGUCAGCUUUCAGACAGACUUGAUAGACAAAAGAUGAAAGAAUCAGAUGCUAGAAAGCUUUUCCAACAGUUGAUUGAUGCUGUUGAUUAUUGUCAUAACAGAGGAGUUUAUCAUAGAGAUCUUAAGCCACAAAACUUGUUAUUAGAUUCAAAGGGUAAUCUCAAAGUUUCUGACUUUGGAUUAAGUGCAGUUCCUAAAUCAGGGGAUAUGCUCUCUACAGCUUGUGGCUCUCCAUGUUAUAUAGCUCCAGAGUUGAUUAUGAACAAAGGCUACUCAGGAGCAGCAGUGGAUGUAUGGUCUUGUGGAGUGAUUCUAUUUGAAUUGCUUGCUGGUUAUCCACCGUUCGAUGAUCAUACGCUUCCUGUUUUGUAUAAGAAGAUACUCAGAGCAGAUUACACUUUCCCACCUGGAUUCACUGGAGAGCAGAAGAGGCUAAUCUUUAACAUUCUUGACCCAAAUCCUCUAAGGCGUAUAACAUUAGUUGAGAUAAUCAUUCAAGAUUCUUGGUUCAAGAUAGGUUAUGCACCAGCUUAUCAUCAAGUCCUAGACUCAAUCAAGGAAAAUGUAACGGAGAUAAAUGCAGCAACCGCGUCUUCAAAUUUCAUAAAUGCUUUUCAGAUAAUAGCAAUGUCUAGUGAUCUAGAUCUGUCAGGUCUCUUUGAAGAGAAUGAUGAUAAGAGAUAUAAAACAAGAAUUGGGUCCAAGAACACAGCACAAGAAACAAUCAAGAAGAUCGAAGCUGCCGCAACUGAUGUUAGCUUAUCAGUUGAAAGAAUAAAGCACUUCAAGGUUAAGAUUCAGCCAAAAGAGAUAAGAUCAAGAUCUUCUUAUGACUUAUUAUCAGCAGAGGUGAUUGAAGUGACUCCAACCAAUUGUGUUAUAGAAAUAUCAAAAGCUGCAGGCGAGUUAAGACUAUACAUGGAGUUUUGCCAGAGCUUAUCGAGCUUACUUACAGCGGAAGUAAGCGCUAAGAGAGGCAUAGAGAUACUCAAGUAAAAAUGAAGAACAGAGGAGGCAAAGAAAGCAUAUCUUUUCAGAUUCGAGUUUGUUAUAGUGACAAGUAGUCCAUAGAAUAAUGCAUGUUUUGGUCUUGGUGAUCCCAAAGGGUUCUUUAACCAGGGUGUAAAAUGAUGGAUUGUUUUGUAAGCAAAUUGUUAAAUAACAAAGUCGAUUACAGAACA